AUGCAGUCCAUGCUCGCCCACGUCAAGGAGCGCACGCGCCUCGACAACUUGGACACGCAGGUGCUGAUGCAGCCGUCCCAGUUCGGGCGGCGCGACGGGUCGAACCUGCACGUGGCGCUGCUCGGGCGGCCCAACGCGGGCACGUCGACGCUCUUCAACGCGCUCGCCGGGCGGCGCACGUCCGCGAGCCCCUUCCUCGGCGAGACGCGGCGCGUGAACCGCGGCCGCUCGGAACAUCGGACGCCCGAGUUCGAGUGGCUCUGCCAGCUCUACAUGCCGGCGACAGGGCAGGACAAGGGUGAUUCAACGCCGACGAGCGCGCGGCCCGUGACCUACGCGCUGAGCGACUGCCCGUCCCACGCCAUGGCGCGCCUGCGCUGCCCCCGCGAGGAGGCGCUCUGCGAGGCCGACGGCGCGAAGGUCUCGGACGAGCCGACGAUGGACCCGCACGAGGCGAUUUUGGAGCUCUGCCCCGGCGCGGCGGGCGCCGACGUCGUCAUGGUCGUGCUCCGGGCCUUCGAGGGCGACGAGGUCACGCACCAGGCGACGACGGUGGACCCGGCGCGCGACCUCCUCUACGUCGCGAACGCGUGCCGGCUCCACGACGUCUGGAAGCUCAAGCGGCGCAUCCAGGUGCUCCGGGACACGCGCGCGGGCGAGUGGGUCGUCUGCGAGAAGGAGGCGCUGCUCCGCGCGCAGCACUUCCUCACGCAGCCCGACGCGGGCGGCCGCGGCCCGUUCCACGCGCUCCGCCAGGGCACGUGGAGCGACAACGAGGUCGCGUGGCUCGAGGAUUUGGGGCUGCUCACGGACAAGGCCUGGGUCGUCGCCAUCAACGUCGACUGCCGGCCCUGGCUCCGCAAAGCCGUGCCCGCGGACCUCGUCAAGCCCGUCGAGGCGCGCGCGACGAAGCUCGGCAUCAACCCGCGGUACUGCGUCGUCUACAGCGGCGCCUUCGAGAAGCGGCUGCAGAUCCUGCGGGAGACGCCGACGCCGCCGCCGGUCGAGGAGCACAUGCGCGCGCGGCCGCCGCUCGAGGCCUAUUUGGACGCGAACGUCGACCACGCGUCCGCGGCGCCGGCGCUCCUCGGCGCGCCCCUCGACGCGCUCCAGCUCAUCCUGCUCUUCACGUGCUCGCCGGACGAGGUCCGCGCCUGGUUCGUGCGCGACGGCACGACGGUCAUCGGCUUCUGCGGGGGCGUGCACGAGGUCAUGCGGCGCAACUUCGAGGUCGCGGAGAUCUGCGACUACGCCGACUACGUCGCCUGCGGCUCCGAGGAGCAGGUCCGGCGCAAGGGCAAGGUGCGCCGCCUCGGCGCCGACGUCGUCCUCGAGCACCACCAGGUCAUCUUCGUCAAGUUCAAGAUCCCCCGCGAGUCCGAGGCCGCCGACGGCCGCGUCGCGUGGAACUCGGACGGCCGCCUCUCGACGCGCGAGAUGGACAAGAAGGCCCAGCAGGACAUGGCCGUCCAGGAGGAGGCGCGCAAGCAGCUCGACGAGGAGACGGACCACCACGUCCGCACGGGGCUCCGGUUCUAA